ACCGUGCGGCUCUCCCCGCAGGCAAGGCACACCAUGUCGGUCAGCGUCCAUGAGACCCGCAAGUCCCGGGGCAGCACGGGCUCCAUGAACAUCACCCUCUUCCACAAGGCCUCGCACCCCGACUGCGUGCUGGCCCACCUCAACACGCUGCGCCAGCACCGCAUGUUCACCGACGUCACGCUGCGGGCUGGCGACCGCGCCUUCCCCUGCCACCGCGCCGUGCUGGCCGCCUCCAGCCGCUACUUCGAGGCCAUGUUCAGCCACGGCCUGCGGGAGAGCCGGGACAACACGGUGAACUUCCAGGACAACCUGCACCCCGAGGUGCUGGAGCUGCUCCUGGACUUCGCCUACUCGUCGCGCAUCGUGAUCAACGAGGAGAACGCCGAGUCGCUGCUGGAGGCGGGCGACAUGCUGCAGUUCCACGACGUGCGUGACGCGGCCGCCGAGUUCCUGGAGAAGAACCUCUUCCCCUCCAACUGCCUGGGCAUGCUGCUGCUGUCCGACGCCCACCAGUGCCGCCGCCUGUACGACUUCUCCUGGCGCAUGUGCCUCGUGCACUUCGAGACGGUGAGGCAGAGCGAGGACUUCAACAGCCUGUCCAAGGACACACUGCUGGACCUCAUCUCCAGCGACGAGCUGGAGACCGAGGACGAGCGGGUGGUCUUCGAGGCCAUUCUCCAGUGGGUGAAGCACGAUCCGGAGGAGCGCCGGGCGCACCUGCCCGAGCUGCUGCGCAGUGUGCGGCUGGCCUUGCUGCCCUCCGACUGCCUGAAGGAGGCCGUCUCCGGUGAGGCGCUCCUGCUGGCCGAUGAACGCAGCAAGCUGGUCAUCGACGAGGCGCUGCGCUGCAAGACCCGCAUCCUGCAGAACGACGGGGUGGUCACCAGCCUCUGCGCGCGGCCCCGCAAGGCGGGCCACACGCUGCUCAUCCUGGGCGGCCAGACCUUCAUGUGUGACAAGAUCUACCAGGUGGACCACAAGGCCAAGGAGAUCAUCCCCAAGGCCGACCUGCCCAGCCCCCGGAAGGAGUUCAGCGCCUCGGCGAUCGGGUGCAAGGUGUAUGUGACGGGGGGCCGGGGCUCCGAGAACGGGGUGUCCAAGGAUGUCUGGGUGUACGACACCGUCCACGAGGAGUGGUCCAAGGCGGCGCCCAUGCUGAUCGCCCGUUUUGGCCAUGGCUCGGCCGAGCUGGACAACUGCCUGUAUGUGGUGGGCGGGCACACGUCCCUGGCCGGCGUCUUCCCGGCCUCCCCGUCCGUCUCCCUGAAGCAAGUGGAGAAGUAUGACCCCAGCGCCAACAAGUGGACCAUGGUGGCCCCGCUGUGGAGCGGCGUCAGCAACGCCGCCGUGGUGAGCGCCCGGCUGAAGCUCUUCGUCUUCGGAGGGACCAGUAUCCACCGCGACAUGGUGUCCAAGGUCCAGUGCUACGACCCCUCCGAGAACCGGUGGACCAUCAAGGCCGAGUGCCCCCAGCCCUGGCGGUACACGGCCGCCGCCGUGCUGGGCAGCCAGAUCUUCAUCAUGGGCGGUGACACGGAGUUCACCGCCGCCUCCGCCUACCGCUUCGACUGCGAGACCAACCAGUGGACGCGGAUCGGGGACAUGACGGCCAAGCGCAUGUCCUGCCACGCGCUGGCCUCGGGCAACAAGCUGUACGUGGUGGGCGGCUACUUUGGGACGCAGCGGUGUAAGACCCUGGACUGCUACGACCCCACCUCGGACACGUGGAACUGCAUCACCACCGUGCCCUACUCGCUCAUCCCCACGGCCUUCGUCAGCACCUGGAAGCACCUGCCUGCGUGACGGGCACCUGCGGAGCGCGGCCAGACCCUGCCCGUCCCUCCACACUGUCCUGGUGCGGCCUUGACCCCGCUGCUGUCGCCGUGGGAAGCGAAGCCGACAGCGCCCGCACCGGCCGCAGCCACCUCCGGAGGCUCCUCUGAGCUUCAGCCAAGAAAAGCGAAGCGCCUGCGCCCCGUGCGCCCCGGGUCUUGUGGUCUUGCGUGGGGAGGGGUGCUCCCAGGGGGCACAGCUGCCACCAGGUCCCUGGGCAGAGGCCCAGGCCGGAGCUGGGCGGGGUGGCAGCGUGACAGGCUGGCACGGCCUCUGAUUCCAGGGCUGCCCUGUGGGAGGCCGUGCAGCCCACGCCCCCCCCCCCCCCCGCCGUCCUGGGACUCGGGAAAAUGCCACUGGACUGGGCACACACCACGGGAAAGCUGAGGGUGCCUUGUUGCUUUAGUAAGGGGCAGGAACCCCACAGGCUGCCUCGGUGGUAGCCUGACCAGACAACCCCGAUCCCAGGCUGGAGGAGGCUGGCUGGCCUGUUGGCCUCUCACCAUCCCACCAAGAGGCCCCAAGCGUGCCCAUCCGGCAGGUGCUGGGGGGCGGGAGGCAGCCUGUCACCUUCCCUCCUUACACCAGAGACCGCCCGAGCCGCACAGGACACUGUCCGCUGUCAAGACCUGCCACCUGCCGACACCGGGCCCACUCCACCUCUCAGCUACCAAGGGCUCCCCAGAGAACCCAGAGCUAUUUAGCCACUGUCACCUCCCAAGUCUUGGGGAAUCCCUCUCUGGAGUCCCCAGAAUCUCAGCAGUGGGGGGCCCAGGCUGCUGUAUGAGCUGCCUGGCUGGCUCAGGGUGAGCCCCCAAGUGGGCUCCAGCGUGGAUAGGAGUUUGGGGCCAUGGUUUCUCCAUCCAUCCCUGAGGUCCCCACGCCUCAGGCCUGGCACUGGUCUCGUGGGCGUCGCUGGGGGCGGGGGCUCUGGGGCUGGCUCACCGAGGAGCCCUGGCGAAGGGCUGAACAUGUCCCUCAGGCCCCGCCUGGGGAUG